AAGACGGGCGAGUUCAACGAGCCAGACGUCAGGCCAGGCAAGGAAGGCGCCGAGGUGGCGCUCGUCGGGUUCGUGGCCACUCGGCCAACGAGGAAUGUCUGACCUGAGGCUGGUCAAGUGCUCGGGGCCAGGGUGGACGCAGGCAUGAGUAAGCGUUUUGGGUUGGGUGCUUUCUGAGUAACGCUGGAGUGUCGAGUCGCAAAACCCCAUUACAGUAUCUUGCUGAGCGCUGGACGAAUGAGGGCAGGGGUGGCCGGCGAUGGCUGGGCCGCUGAGCGGACUCGGGGAUGCGGGCUAUUUGUGGGCUGGCACGGUCCCGGCCGAGGCAGUCAUUGUUCUGUCCAGCCAGCCCGAAUGGGGAUGUUGUUUUGUUGACGCGACCAUGUCCUCGUCGCGGCAAAGACGCCCUGACCCAAGCUCUAUUGUCGACCGCGCUAGGUCUAACGGCUACCAAAGCAGAAGGCACGAGGAGAACGACAGGCAGAGAGGCCUCCGGAAAUUCGAUGACAAGACACUGAAGACGCAGGACAGAGUAUUGCAUAUCUACACCACAUGGUCUUGGGGAAAUAGUGACCACCGGGGCAGUUUUGACGACUUCGAAUUGCAGGCCCUUCGCCCAGGCGCUCCAGUUCCAGAGAUUCACUCACUGAAGGACUUCUGGAGGUUUUACAAAGACCAAGCUCGUGGUCGGCUAAGUUCGCGGCCGACAGUGAGGACUCUUCGCUCCUGCGCGAAAUCCUUCAAAGCCGGAUUCCUGCGGCGGACUGGGAACACACUGAGCGAGGCGGACACAGCAGAGAUUAACUCGUGGAUGCUUAACGUGCUAUCUCAGGAGGAGCAUAGUGGCGUUCGGGACCUAGAGAUGCCGAAGUACAACUAUCAACACGAAGAUCUCGAUCGAAACAUCUCAACCUUAUGGACGUCCGCCGAACUCGGUUAUAUUCAUGAACGCAAUCGUCUCCAGUUCCAUUUCUUGCUGCUUCUGUUUUGCAACAGUGCAGGUCGAUGCGGCGCUGUCUUCAACAAAGGCCUGCCCUACAAGGAUAUACGCCUCGUUCUAAAAAGGACCGAAGGCAAGCCUCACUUUCUGUACAGGCCCGAUCAACGUCAUGUGAAGAACAAUAAGGAUCCGACGAACAAGAAAUUUGGUAUCACAGGCUACGAGCAUGCGGUUCUUCGUUACGACGUUGUCUUUCUCCUUAUCAACUUUGCGAUAGCAGAUGGGGCUUUGGAUCGCCAUGCUUUCAUGCGCAUCAUAGAUGGAGAGGGCGAGGGCCCUAUCGAGUGGCUUCCCGAAGCUCAAGAUCGCUUCAUCUGCCAAGCUCUCGACAGUAGCGGGAAUUGCCAUCCAAGCAAGUGGAUGACCGGAUCGACGUUCGACAGUAUCUUUGCGCGCGUACUGAUGAAGGACUACAACUACAGCAAAGCCUCUGUGCACGCCAUUCAGCGCCAAGUCGCCAAGGGGUUGGAUGAACGCUAUACCGAAACGGAGCGGUCACAGCAUGUUCUGCAUACUGAUCCCCGGAUCAUGGGACAAAGUUACGUAGCUUUUGUUUCAUCUUGCGACACGUUGCUGUCCUGUAUGACGCCUAACCCCAGGCGGCAUGAGCAUUUACGACCCAUCGCCUGGAUUGCGGUGCACAUUUUGCCAGGCCAAGAGAAAUGAGGUACAUCAAUUUGUGUGGAAAGCGCUAGUAAAUUAAUGUAUCCUUAUUCUUUUGGAGACUGGUUGGUUGGCAUGCCAGUCACGUGAUGCAAUUUGGGCCAGUCAGAAACGUUAGUGGCAGUGAUGUAAGGCUGACGUCUGCAGUCGGGGUCGGGGUAACC